GCUAUUUCUCUUCAUCCCAAAGCUUUUAUAAAACACACUCAGAAUCUAAUCAAGUACAUCAGUAUUCUUGAGUUUUACCAUCAUUUGUAUAAUUGUUGUCGCAAAUAUUUAGACAUCAAUUUAAGGUCUAUCUAUCACCCAAACUAGCGCUAUCCAAUACCCAUUCUACCUGCCUACGAUUUCUCGAAAAUCAGCAAUCGCUUCAAAAAUUUAGGAAAUUAAGCUUGACAUGGCUUUUCGUGGAGGUAGAGGAGGUUCUAGAGGAGGUGGGAUAAAGGGAGCAACGUGGGAGCACGAUGCCACCUUAAAACUAGAUUUUACACCAAAUGAUGACUAUCCUGUGCGUCACACUCUCCAGCUCCUUUUGAAGCCUUGCACAUUUACUAACACACAUAUAUCCAGCGCCAUCCCAAUCUUAAACGUCCUUCACCUCUCACACCCCAAGAACGAACGCAAGUAAAAUACUACCGCACGCUUCGCGACAAAAUCCACCGCGGGCCCCUCUACACUCAUUCCUCUAAGAGAGAUACCGAAACGCCAGCAAAAACAUUUGGAGAAAAGCAAUUCAAUGAGCAAUAUGGCCGACAAACCAAAGCGGAUUUCGAUCCAUUCCUCGGAGUCGAAACAUACAGCAUGAAAUACCAACGAAAGAAGCGAGCUAUACCAUUAGUGAGCGGGAUGAAUUUUACCAAGGAGUUUUAUCCCAAGGAGUUAUGGUCAGUUUUAGAUGGAGAAGAAGAAGCAAAGGUUGCGAAGGAUAAUGCGGCAUUAGCCGCAAUGGGCGAUGAAGAUCCAUCGGAGAGGACCAAAGCUUUAUUGGCGAAGAUUGAGAGGGCGACGGGAGUAGAAGGUGCGGAGGGAGAGGAGGAUGAGGGAGAGGAAGAAAUUGAGGAAGAACAGGAUAAUGAUUAUGAGGAUGAUGAGGAAGAUAUGGGUGGUGAUUAUGAUGCGGAGCAAUACUUUGAGAAUGGUGAGGAUGAUGAUGACGAUGGUGGAGAUGGAGGUGGUGGAGAUGAUUAUUAAUUAGGGGGGAAUGUUUGGAUACUGUAUUUUCAAUUUGAGGCGAGGAGUUUGGGAACUGGGGUGCUUACAUGAAAGCCUUUUCAUACGGAGGGUCUCGGAGGUUACAUCUACCAGAUUGUAUGAGUGUAAGGAUAUACAAAAAGAAUAAGAUUCACGUACAAAAGUAUUGGUACGAAAACUCGCUCAUCCUAC